GGGGAGCCCCGCUGCUUCGGGGACCUCCCCUCGGCCCUCUCCCGGCUGGGGAAACCCCAGAAGGGCUUCAGCCCCCUCCGGCACGGCCAAGCCUACGCCGCCACCCCCCUGGCCUGGGACGAGCCUGGCAGCUUCCUGCUGGAGAAGAUGAAGACGAAGAAGAGGAGGAGGAGGAGGAGGAAGAGGAGGAGGAGGAGGAAGCUGGCCCUGGGGGAGGCGCUGUCCCCCGUCCCGGACGGGGAGGGUUCCUGCGCGGAGAGGCCGGGCAGCCCCUCCUCCGAAGGGGACACCCGGUCCUCUGGGCGCGGCUCCGCCUGGGACUCCGACACCCCCUCCAACGCUUCUUACCCGCUGCAAGCCGCCCCCGCGGAGCCCGGCCCGGCCCAGACGGUGGGCAAGCGCACCAUCAUCCGCCAGGGCAAGCAGGUGGUCUUCCGGGAUGAGGACGGCAGCUGGGAUGACGAAGACAUCAUGGUCGAUUCAGAUGACGACUCCUGGGACCUGGUGACCUGCUUCUGCAUGAAGCCCUUUGCCGGGCGGCCCAUGAUCGAAUGCAACGAGUGCCACACCUGGAUCCACCUCUCCUGCGCCAAGAUCCGCAAGUCCAACGUCCCCGAGGUCUACAUCUGCCAGAAGUGCCGGGACUCCAAGUUCGACAUCCGGCGCUCCAGCCGGUCCCGGAUGGGCUCACGCCGACGCUUCCUGGACUAGCGGGCGGGACCUCCUCUUGAGCAUGGGUGACGCCAACAGACUGGGCGUUUGAAGCCGGGGAGGGGGGGAGGGAGGGUGCUGCAGGUGGGGGGUAGGGAGAAACCUGCCGCCUGCCGAGCACAUGUUCUUCCUCUCGGCCUAGGGGGUUGCUCAGGCCUGGAGGCGCUCGGGAGAUCUGGAAAGACAGGACUCCCCUCUGAUCCUCACUCUGUCUCCCUUCUCCCUGGUUUGAGUGUGAAAGCGGGGAUGAGUUGAGCUGGCUGACAGGGUUGGAGGGACAUCUCGUCCGGGAUAGGAGCCAGCGGUUCCCACCGAUGGUAAUGGGAGGCAAGGAGUUUCUCUGAGGCACCGGGGUGGGGGGGGAGAAGGUCCCGUCUGGCGGUGGUGAUGGUGGUGGCAACAGGCAGAUCUUUUCCCUCCUGGACUGGGCAGCCAUACUCUCUCCCUCGAGCAAUCUCUGGGUCUUGGUCUCUAAAGCCUGAGGUUGCCUUCUGUGGUGGACUGGCUUGGAAAGAUGCAAAAAGCUCUCCGCUUGAGCCGAUCGGGGUGCGCCCAAAAUCGGAGCCCCUCCCAGUCAAGGCAGGACAUAGGCUAGGAAGCAGCAGGAACGGAUUGUUGACAACAACUGCGGACCCUGGUGGAGAAGCCAUUUUGAGGGGCGGCAGUGAGGGAAGAAAGCUGAAGCUUUUCCCCGGGAAUGGGGAAUAGCCAAAGGGUGGGCAAAGCUGCUCAGAGUGAAGGCCCGGUUCUUGAGAGACACACCGCCAGUGGCUUCAAGGACACACGAGUGCCAGACUGGAAGGUGAGGAGCAGCCGCGGAGGAAGGGGAAGUGGGGGGAGCCACCGGGUCCCCCACCGGGAAGGAGCUGCAACACCUUUUAUCUCCUCGUCGAAGCCCCCGUGGGACAGGCGUGCCUGAUGGAUGGGGUGAGGCGAGACCGUAGAGGACCUCACCAGCUGGACCUGAGCAGAAGAGGGUACAGGAUGGAGAAGGGGGGAAAGAACUCCCACCACCACCACUCUACCGAGACUCUUCUAAUCACUUAUCCGUAGCUUAGAUAGGGCACACGUUACCUUUAUUGUGGCUUUCUGUUUACACUCUGAAGUCAUCCUUCGACACGUCGCCUGGGUGCCGGUUUCUCAGUUCUGGUUUGAGGGAAUCUGGAUCCCGUCUGGCGAAACCAUUGGCCGGAGAGGAAAAAAAGCCCCUCUACGUGGCUACUGAGGAGGGAGAGGUGCAGACAAUCUUGGCUGGGAUCUCAGGUUUUUAUCUUGGGGGUGGGGGGGCAGUGGCUUCUUCCUUGUGUCUUUGGGAAGACAAAACACCUGAACAAAAGGCUCCUCCUGGCUGAUUCAGGGAACCAGCCCCAGGACUGGAUUUCUAUUAUUCUCGUGUUUUUUUUUUUGUUCUCUCUUGUCUUGCCACAGCAGGUGGGGGGUGGGUGGGCUUGUCUGAUAAGCCAAACUGACUGGGUUUUCAGCAUAAAGGUUGGCAUGUCUCAGUGUCCAUCUGUGUACCGUCUCAGUUUGGAAACUUUUAAUUUUCUAAAUUAAAAUUAUUUGCUUUAUGAA